AUAAACGCGGUGGACCAAGAUGGUCGAACAGCCCUGCACCACGCUUGCAGUCUUCAACGGGUUCAUCUCGUUUGUCUCCUGCUUCGACGACUGGCUAACCAUGAGAUAAGGGACAAGGACGGUCGUCGACCCAUUGAUGUUGCAAUUGACACCGCGCAUGCUGACAUUGUCACACUUCUACGUCUGCAACCCCUUCACAGUGAUUCCAGGGUUAGUCAGUGGUAG